CCCGAUUGUAUUUACGGAUUGUCUUUGCCGAGCUGCUAAGUCUGACGCCACAUCAGUGAGAGCAACAUUCGAGUUCUCAAGGAUGCCAUCGCCAGACGAGUCAUCAGACAUCAUCUGCUUCACCGACACCCUGCGGCGCUUGACGAUGCCGAAGGAGGAGUACUGCAGCCACGACCACCUGCACGCCUUCAGAUGCGAGAUAUGCUACGAUUAUGCGGUACACACAGAGAGGAAAACUUGUAACCAAAUCUCACCCCACAUCAAUUCCUCUCUCUUCUGUUGAUGUGCGUCGAUUUCUGCCCACAGAUUGGUCGUGUGCUGGUUGGGUGUCGCCACGUCAUGUGUUGGUUGUGUGCGCUGCGGCUGCGGGUGAAGCAGGGCCAGACGGUGUGCCCCGUGUGUCGCGAGGACCAGCCGACGGCCAUCGGUGUGGACGUCAAUGACCACCGCACAUUCGAUGAGCUAAAGGUGAGUGAGAGUGUUGAUGUGUGUAUUCUCACAUGUGUGUUGUCUUGUCUGCCUGCCUGCCUGCCUGCCUGCCUGCAGGGGCGCCUACGUGGCAUCCGUCCUGUUGGUGGGGUGCGCGGCAUCUACUUCCUUUCCCCCUCCCUUCAGUCGCUUGCAGAAGACCUGCUUAGCUACAAGUGCUGGUACCCGCAGUGUCUAGCCAAGAACAAAGUCUUCGAAUCGAUGCAGGUGGGUGCGACAGCACACACACACAUAUGAACGAAAAACAAACGGGGUCACAGAAGCGUUUGUGUGGUGAGUGGGUGCUCAGGGUUUGUCGCGCCACCUGUCGGAUGUGCACCAGCGGUCGCCGUGCCUCGUGUGUGUGCAGGGGCAGCCCUCUUUGUUCCUCAUCGAGCAGCCCCUCUACACCAAGAAGGCCCUCGACGAGCACAUGAGCCGAUACGAGGAGGGCGAGGCCAGAGGCACAGACGGCCGCCCACCCAUCCCCCCUCACCCCACUUGUCGCUUCUGUCGCGAGGCAUUCUACUCGGCUGAGGAGCUGCAGCAGCACAUGCGCGAGAACCACGAGCACUGCCCCUUCUGCCCCUCCCAGCCCACUCAGUGGUUUCGCGACUACGCGAGCCUCUUCCGCCAUUUCGAGACGGCCCACUACGUGUGUCGUGACCCAGUGUGUCUGGAGAGCCGUCACGUGGCCUUCAGGACACAGGCGGAGCUGCAAAUACACCGUGCUGAGGUGCAUGGGGACGGCAGGAAGAAGAAGAUCCGGCUGGAUGUGCCCCUCAACUACGUCAGCUAUCGGGACGAGGUGCAGAUGGGCGCUCGGUCGGGUUAUUUGGGCGAUCUGGGUCAGCAGAGAGGUGGCAGGGGAGGGGGAGGGAGGGGCAGAGGCGGCCGUGGGCGGAGAGAAAGGGCCCAGCCGGACAUGAUCUCCAUGUCACCAGGUAGAAAAAAAGGAGAAGAGUCUCACACACAUCCUCUCAUCGCAGACCGACAUCGCUUGUGUUUGUCUGUUGUCUCUCUUUCAGACGGCCCUCUCUCCCCAGCGAACGACCGUCCGUCCUCUUCCUCGGCUGCCCCACCGGCACCAGCACAGCCACCGAGUGCGCCGUCACAGCCCUCCGUGCUCCCCCCUCAUCUCACCCCCUCAGUCACCCCUCCAUCCCAGCAAGAGGUUUCUCUCAAGGAGGUCGUUGAGCGUCUUGACGGCAAGCUGGACCUGCCAGAGGUGCUGCCCAAGGAUGACUACAACGAGGCCAAUCGGCGGUUCCGAGAGGAGAUGCAAGCAUUCCUCGGCCAAGCGGCCUUCCAGACGUUUCUGGGGCACGCCAAGGCCUUCCAGCGGUCAUUGCCCGACGACCACCAGGCGGCCGACACGUUCGUGCGGCAGGCAACAGAGCUGUUUCUCGUGGAUGUGUCCAAGGGUGUGGAUCUGCUGACGUCGCUUGUGACGCUAUUGCCGAACAGAGGCAAGAGGGAGCGGCUGGCGGCCAGCCUGAAGAGCCUGCUAGACGAGCAGACCAGGGCGAGGACGGAGGAGGCCAGGAACGGCGUGGGACCAGCGCCACCGUCAGAGAGCGAUGGAUCACCUACCGACAGGCCGAGGGACGACAGAAGGUGAGAAACUGCCACACCGCGUCGACAGAUCCGAUCACCACUGUGUUGUGUGCCGUGUUCCUUCAGCGAUUCGCGCCCGUCUCCCUCACCAGCAGCAGCAGCAGCAGACGACGACGACGACCACAUGGCCACCCGGGAGCGGCGCGAGCGAGCCCGCCGUGAGUGUGGGGAGAUAGCCGCCCUCAUCAAGUCGGCUGACCAGGAGGCCUACACGUUCCCAUCGGCCCUCAGGAUAGUGGUCAUGUGGCUGGCCGACAGGCAGAGGAGCACAUACCGGGAAAACCACUCCCUCUACUACGACACCGAUGCGGACACACAGCAACAGCAGCAGCAGGAGGGCGGCGAUGGCGAUGGUGGUGGUGGAGAGGGCAGGGCGUGGCCAGGGCUGCCAGAGAGGCGACGCCAGCAGAAGAAGAAAAAGGGUGCAGCCGCGGCUGCUGCUGCUGCAUCUGUGAGGGCUGCGCCGAGCCGGGAUGCGCCAAGGCCGAGCGAUGAGGUGGUGGCCACCGUCAGGAGCAAGGCUCAACAGGGCAGAAAGGUCAGAAAAUGGAGACAAAACGUACUAGGCGGAGGGUGGAUGAGGUCCUUGUAUGUGUUGCGUUGUUCGUCAAUCAGGCUGACUGUGCGUCCCUCACGCGACUGUCUGGCGAUUUGGCCGGGCUCCUGCCCACACAGGCGCUCGAGCGAUGCGAGAGCCUCGCGUAAGCAUUAACAGGCCAACACACCAACAGAAACACUCACACGUACGUAUAUGAAUCGAGACUGUGCUCUUUCGAUCUCUGUGUGUGCAGGGCUCAGUUUUUCAUGAGUCGGCAGAAAGAGAAGGACAGCACCGGCAGCGGCCCAUCGACGGCACACACAGGGGACCCUCUCACAGACUGGGUGGAGCGGUGUGUGAGCGUCCUGACCGACAUGCGCUUCCUGGGAGACGACCCUCUCGCCGACUCUGACGCGCUGCCACCAUUCCGCUCGCUAGCCCGGCUGUGUGUGGGUCUUGAUGUGCUGUUCGAGUACCUGACUGCCGCCCACCAGCAGUACCUCGCCACCACUGACAGCGCCGCCUUCCCCGAGCUGCCCUCUGGCCAGAGCGCCCCUCCGUCCUCAUCCCUCUGGUCACAGUCCAACCGACCUCGCAACGCACCAGCAGCGGGAUCGCGAGCUGAGUUCCCCUCCCUGCCUGUGACGCAGAGCAGCACGCAGAGGGGCGAGCAUGCGGCUGCUGAUGGCGACGUUGGCGGGGAGGAUGGGGGAGGGCGGCAGGGGAGUGUGAUGGAGAGCUGUGGGUUGGGUGGCCUUGGGUUGGCCGGUCGUGUGAUGGACGCCAAGCAGGGCAAGAAGGGCAAGGGGGGCAAAAAGAUGGUCAUCAAGUGGGGGUAGACAGACGGACGGACGGACGGACGGACGGACGGAUCGACUCGCUGACAUGUGUGGGUGUGUCUGCAUCGUGUGCAUCGUCUGCAUCGUGUGCAUCGUGGUGUGAUGUAAUGGAUCCCAUCGAUUUUGACCAUUCAUGCAGGUGAGGUGUACUGUACAGUCUGUCGUUGAAUCGAACGAACAAGGGAA